AUGGCGAAAUCGACUUUCUUCGUUUUGGCUACUACCCUCUUCUCGUUCUUACCGCUCAUCACAGCGCAGAACUGUAAUUCUACGGUGUCCUGCCCUUCCACCGCACCAUGUUGUUCAGAGUAUGGGUUCUGCGGUACAGGCUCGUACUGCUUAGGCGGAUGUGAACCUCUAUAUUCAUUCCAAUCUACUUCCUGUAGGCCUAACCCUAUUUGCGAAUCUCAGGAAACCGAUUUUACAGAUUUGAGUAAAGUACAAAUGAAUGGGACGAAAUAUGAUGGGAAUGCUACGGCGUAUGAUUGGGUUGUCAACACUGGUACCCUCGUUCCAUCCCCAUCAGGAGACGGAGUCCGACUUACUCUCAGAGAAUCGGAUCAAGGAACCAAGAUUUCCUCUACACAUUACGUCCACUAUGGAACGAUCGACUUCGUCCUUCAGUCGUCCAAGUGGAACGGUGUGGUCACCGCUGCUAUCACCAUGUCUGAUGUGAAAGAUGAGAUUGAUUGGGAGUUCCCUGGUGCGACGACUGAUAAGGUGCAGACUAAUUAUUGGUUCUUGGGUGUUGCCAAUUACUCUGCCACUCAAGGUGCUUCCUCAGAUAUCUCUUCAGAUGCUUCGUCCAACUUCCACACUUAUACCUUCGACUGGCAGGAAGAUUACAUGAACUGGUUAAUCGAUGGACAAGUGGUCAGGACUGUGCUGAAGACAGAUACUUUGAGUGAUGAUGGUUCUCAAUACAAAUACCCCUCCACACCCUCUCGUAUCCAAUUGUCGAUCUGGCCAGCGGGUAUCUCAUCUUCCGCUCAGGGUACCAUCGACUGGGCAGGCGGGAUGAUCGACUGGACUGACCCAGAUUACACCUCAAAUGGUUAUUUCUGGAACACACUUCAAAGCGUCAAGAUCUCAUGUGCGAAUGAGGAUGACCAGUCAAAUUCGACUACGGGUUGGGCUUAUCAGGGUAAUGAUACGCAAGGUAUUCCCAUUGUCACCGUCACGAACGCCUCUACCCUUCUUUCCAAGAGUGAACUCACCAACGUCCCCGUUCAGAAUUCAAGAGUAUUGGCUCUGGUAGGUAUCUUAUCGGUUUUCGUGUUAUCAGGCAUAACACUUUUCUAG